GUUACUGAAGACUGAACCCGCGUUAAUGGACUACAAGGUCAAUUUCGCGAUAAAACAUGCGUCUAAAUGUUGUUGUUGCUGUUUCUGAAAACUGGGGUAUCGGGAAGGGUGGAGGUUUGCCUUGGAAAAUAAAGAAAGACAUGGAAGUUUUCAAAUCAAUAACAACUAAAGCUCAUCCAGGUCUCAAAAAUGCGGUUGUUAUGGGGAGAUUUACAUGGGAAUCUAUACCAGAGAGCUUCAAACCACUAAAGGAUAGGAUUAACAUAGUGGUAUCAAGCACGCUAUCACACGCACCACCACGUGUUCAAAUUGUUCCCAAUCUUAAUGCGGCCAUUGACUUGUUAUAUAAUGAAGAAUUCAGCUCCAUAGUAGAUGAGGUUUUUAUCAUUGGUGGGCAUCGUCUUUACGAAGAAGCCUUGAAACAAUCCAUAUACCCGGUUCGUAUCUAUUGUACGCACAUACUAAAUGAGGUGGACUGCGAUACUUAUUUCCCAAAACUCGAUUGGAGUAAACUGAAAAAAGUUGAUCUACCGGAUAUACCAGCGGGUACUUUCACAGAGAAUGGAUUUACAUACAAAUUCUGUGUUUACGACGUUCCAUCCGAACAGUUUAUAUAAUUUAUAAAUUCAUUAGUAGAUAUCAUUUAAUCAAAUAUUUAUUCGUAAAAUUUUUAAUUUUAAAUACAAAUCGUUUUAUACGUCCCGUUUAUUUUCAUCAUACUUCCUGUAAACCAAGAC